AUGUCCUCCAACCCUCCUCCCACGUCCUCCACCCCGCCGGUCAGCCGGAAAACCAACUCCUUUCUUUCAAAAUUUCGCUCUCCCCUUGGGUCACGCAAUCGAAGCAUCACCGACUUCUACAUCGACCCAGAUGACCCGUGGCGCUCAUACUUUCCAGGGGAUACCAUCAAAGGCACCGUCAUUGUGACCGUGCUGCGGCCAGUGCGCAUUACACAUAUUGUUAUCUGUCUCCAUGGCUACGUCAAGGUCUUCAAGAACGCGGUGCCGGCGGGGGAGUCCAAUCCGGAUAUUGGGUUCAUUGGCCCCGGGCGUGGCCGACGAGGUGCAGAAUACAUGGGCAACGGAUUGGCGACCCUGUUUGAAGAUGAAGUAGUACUCUGUGGUGACGGCCGCCUAAAAGAGGGCAUCUAUAAGUUUCGUUUCGAGAUGACGCUUCCCCCAUACGCUUUACCCAGCAGCAUUAAUUUCGAACGAGGCACCGUCGCUUAUGCACUCACAUCCACCCUUACCCGACCGACCACCAUGAAUCCUACACUUACCUGCCGAAGACGAGUGAAUCUACUUGAAAACAUCGACAUUGCCCCUUUCCCCGCCCCCAAAGCCCGCAUCGUUACCCUGGAACCCGUUUCCAAGCGAUCAAGAUCCAAAGCAAAAACCAAAUCUCCCUCCUCCGACACCACAGCAGCCCCCGACACCUCCUCCAUAGAUACCCCGGUCAGCAGCGCAGCUGGCUCCGUGGACCACCGACCACCACUCAGUCCGUCUCCGAGCAAUGUCAGCUCCUCCAGCCGACCUAGCAAUAGCAGCCAGAGCUUUCAAAUCGCUAGCGACCCAAGCUCAUCCACAAGUACAGGUGGGGGGCGAAAUAGCGAAGGCCGCAGUGUGACCCCCUCUGUUUCGGAGAAAACCAUAACCGCCAAGGCGGAAGUUCUGCGCGCGGGCGUGCUACCGGGGGAUACGCUGCCUAUCAAAGUCACCAUAAAUCAUUGCAAACAAGUGCGCAGUGCGCAUGGUAUCAUUAUUACUCUAUAUCGGCAGGGCCGCAUCGAUCUCCACCCGUCCAUCCCCAUUGGAAGUAACGCGAAUGGAAAAAAACCAGUCUAUGAAGACUGCUACCCACGCUCUCGUACUGGGCUCGGCGGAUUGACCCUCGGAACUACUCGCAACAGCAGCACCUUCCGAAAGGACCUAUCUCAGUCGUUUGCGCCGUUGAUCGUGGAUCCUACUAACUUGACUGCUAUUGUGAAAACCUCGAUUCGCGUUCCUGAAGACGCAUUCCCCACCAUCACUCGUGUGCCGGGUGCCAUGAUCAACUUUCGCUAUUAUGUCGAGAUUGUGGUCGAUUUGCGUGGUAAAAUUACUUCCCCAGAUCGCUUCAUCCCACGUUUCAACAUGGUUUCGGGUGGCAGCACAUUUUCGCCCAGUGGACAAAUUUUGAAUCCGGCGGAUGCCAAAGGCAGCGCUAUCACUGCCAACUGGGCGGGCAAUAUCCUCGAUACGGAUCGAAUCCGUCGAGAGAAAGGCGUCAUUUCCGUAGCCUUUGAAGUGGUUGUUGGUACCAAAGAUUCCAAACGUGGUCAGGGCACCAUUGAACGCACAUCGUCUGUUGCUGCCGAAUCGACUACAUCUCAAGCAGCUCCUAUAUCUUCGAACCCUGUUAAUAAUGGAGAUGCGGAGGAGUGGGCUGAGGCAAGUCCUGGAGAGUAUGGACAAGAGGAACAAAUGUACCUCGAUGAAGCUUGGGCAGAGUAUCCUGAGGACUACGUACAACAAUUCUCACCUCCUGGGCCCAUGACUGCACAUCCUGAAGUUGAAGAGCCUGUCGAUGAAAAGACUCGAAUCCGACGCCACGAGGAAGCACUCCUACCCAGUCAACCGCCCGACGAAGACGAAGCAGGGUCAUCAGUUGAAUUGGCGGUGCCGACCGCGCCAGUCUUGCCCGAAGAUCAUCAUCUGCAGGACUAUCAGCACGUGUCCUCGGAUACAGAUGUAAUGUCUCAUGUCCCGUCUGCAUCAUCACUGCAGACCGUGGUUGCGAAUGGCGGUGUCCCUGAGCCCAGUGAACCUUCUGGCCCGGGUGAUGAUAAGCUAGAGCUUGAACGCCAGCGAUUAAUGGAGCAGGUCAGCGCUCCUAGUGCACCACCUGAGGAGAGCAAUGGCGAGGGCCCCAGCGCCCCGGUUUUCGACGAAGACGAUCAACUCGUGGGUGGCACAGCGCAUGCAGACGAGUCAUUACCCCGAUACCAGCGGUAA